CCGGUUCAAAUCCAUUAGCCCCGGCUGCGUUUCUUCUUCUCAGUGCCAUGGGCUUCGGAAAGCUGGGCCUGGAGCUGCGUGAAUACUACGCCGCGGCCUGCGGUCAUUGUCAGGCCCUGGCGCCUGCCUGGAAAGCAGCCCAGAAGGCCUACAUCGGUCCGGUGACCUUCCGUCAGAUCGAAUGCCAUGAUCAGAACUGGAAUCCCGUGCCCGAAAACACGGAGCUCUGCAAGGACAUCAGGGCCUUUCCCACCAUCAAGAUGUUCAAGGACGGCAAGGAGCUUUCGGACUACGAGGGCAAUCGCAGCUCCGCGAGCCUGGUGGACUUUGCCAAGCAACAUGAGAAGCUGUUGAAGCAGUCCGCCCUGCCAUUGCUGGCCGCAGCUCUUCCGCCUGCCUCAUCUUCCCGGCAACGUCAGGCGGCUGCGUUUCUAUAGGCCACAUAUCGGCGCAGAACUCGGCGCCUGGCUUGGAUGCAGGCAUAUGCAAUUGGCCCAAUUUCCACGAGAGGAGGCCAAAAUUCACUGCGGAAAUUCGCAAACAUCGCUGACUCCACUUGGUGAGCCGACUGGUGCGGACAA